UUUGACAAUGGCUUCGGUAAAAGUCGCUGUAAGGGUUCGCCCAUUCAAUCAAAGAGAGAAGGAUAUGAGCGCCAAAUUGAUUGUCCAGAUGGAUGGCAAGAAGACCAGAUUGCUCACAGUGAAAAAUAGCAAAGAGCAAAAUGACGCCAACCGGGAGAAGUAUAAAGAUUUCACAUUCGACCACUCGUACUGGUCGUACGACAGCGGGGACCAGCACUACGCGUCGCAGGAACAGGUGUUCGCAGACCUUGGCCUGGACGUGAUCGACAGUGCCUUCGAGGGUUACAAUGCGUGCGUGUUCGCGUACGGACAGACCGGCAGCGGGAAGACAUUCACCAUGAUGGGCUCGUCUGAGUACCAAGGUCUGAUCCCCCGGAUCUGUCGUCAGCUGUUCUCGCGCGUGGCGGCAGGCAAGGAGUCCGGGGCCUCGUACCGCACCGAGGUCAGCUACCUGGAGAUCUACAACGAGCGCGUGAAGGACCUGCUGGCCACCGACGCGGGCCACUCCCUCAGGGUCCGGGAGCAUCCCAAACUCGGGCCGUAUGUGCAGGACUUGUCCAAACAUCUCGUUUCAGAUUACGAUGAUAUACAGGAGUGCAUGCACCGCGGCAACCUUCAAAGGACAACAGCGUCGACGCAGAUGAACGACGUGUCGUCUCGCUCGCACGCGAUCUUCACGAUUACGUUCGUCCAGGCCAGCUACCUGCGCCACAACAACAUGCCCAGCGAGACCGUCUCCAAGGUCCACCUGGUCGACCUGGCCGGGAGCGAGCGUGCAGACGCGACGGGCGCCACCGGGCAGCGGCUGGUGGAGGGCGCGCACAUCAACAAGUCGCUCGUCACGCUCGGGUCCGUCAUCUCCGCGCUCGCAGACUCCUCGCAUCAGCAGCAACAGCCCGCAGGUAUCUACCGCAGUAAAAACAACAAGAAGAACGUAUUCAUCCCGUACCGCGACUCGGUGCUGACAUGGCUCCUGAAGGACUCGCUCGGCGGCAACUCCAAGACCAUCAUGAUUGCAGCGAUAUCCCCGGCGGACUGCAACUACGGCGAGACGCUGUCGACGCUGCGGUACGCGAACAGAGCGAAGAACAUCAUCAACAAGCCGACCAUCAACGAGGAUCCCAACGUGAAACUCAUCCGCGAGCUGCGCGAGGAGAUCGAGAAGCUACGAGCGCAGAUAGCCCAUAAUACCGAUCCUAUCGAAACGGAACCAGGUAUGCUUGCCACCCUGCAACGGAAGGAAGCCCAAGAGAAGGUCCUCACAGAAAAAUGGACGGAGAAGUGGCGGGAGACCCAGCAGAUUCUGCAGGAGCAGAAGGCGCUGGGGCUGAGGAAGAGUGGGCUCGGGGUGGUGCUGGACUCGGAUAUGCCGCAUCUGGUCGGCAUUGAUGACAACUUGUUAUCCACUGGAGUGACGCUGUACCAUCUCAAGGAGGGCGAGACUGUGAUCGGCACGUCGUCGCUGUCGCCGGCGGCGGACAUCGUGGUGGCGGGCGCGGGCGUGCUGGCGCUGCACUGCCGCGUGGUGCUGCGCCGCGGGGAGGCCACGCUGCUGCCCGCGCCCGGCGCCAGCUGCUGGCUCAACACCGUGCUGCUCGACGGGCCCGCCAAGCUGAGCCAGGGUUGCAUCCUGCUGCUAGGCCGCACGAACAUGUUCCGGUACAACGACCCGGCGGAGGCGGCCAAGCUGCGGCAGGAGGGCAGCGCCUCCAACAUGAACCUGUCGCGGCUGUCGCUGCUGUCCUGGUCCACCACCGACCUGGCCGCCAGCACGGAGAACCUCAACACCACGCUCUCAGACCUGGAGAGUGAGAUACGAUGCGAGAGGAUAGAAGCCCAGCGUGCGGAGUUAGAGCGAGAGCGACAACAGUUUCUGCUCCAGCAGGAAGAGCGGCAACGUCGCUGGCACGCAGAGAGGGAAGAACUGCUGCAGGCGCAACGCAAGUUAGACGAGGAGCGGGAGGCGAUGGAGCGCGAGUACGCGGCGGCCUGUCGGCGACUGUCGGGCGACUGGCGCGCGCUCGAGAGAGGAUGGACGCAUCGCCGCCGCGCGCUGCGCUGCCGGCAGCGGGAGCUGGCCGCGCGCGCGCACCGCCUGCGGGCCCGCGCAGACACGCACCGCGCCACGGCUGAGACCGAGGAGAGUCACGUGACCAGCUUGAAGAGCAAGGUGGAAGCGAAGAGAACAGCUCUCGACGACCUGGUGAAGCAGCAGACGAGGCAGCUACUGGCUAAAGGCUACAAAUUGAACGAGAGCGCAACCCCCAGUCCAGAGAGUCCGGCAUCGGAGUCCAGCACAGAGUGUCUGAUGCAUCUACUGCAGCAGUGUGAGCCAAAGACUGCUCAGAGCAUAAAGGACACCGUUGAUAGACAUAAAAAAGAACUGGUAGAACUGGAGGACGAACUCAAGAGCCGGGUGUCGUCGGUGGCGUCGCACCGCGUGAAGGUCGAGCGGCUGCAGGCCGAGCUGGCGCUGCUCGCCACGCAGGACCUCGGGCUGCGGCACGCGCUCGCGGCCGACCUCGGGCCCGCGCCCGGACGGGAGCGCGAGGUUGAGUUCGAUCUGCGGACUGAACCCGUGAAGCGCAGCAAGUCGGAGCUGGUGCUGAGGACGCCGCAGCAGGAGCUAGAGCCCCUCUCCGCAGAUGAACGGGAGGAGUACCAGAUUAAGAAGAUGAGUCUAAGCCUCAGUCUAGACCCGCUCACGUCCCCGAACCCGACGUUGACCACGUGCGACACGUUCCACACGGCCAGCACCGGCUCUCCGAAGCCGUUCCCCGCCACCCCCGCGUCCCCCCCGUCCCCCGCGUCCCCCGCGUCCCCCGCGACCCCCGCGUCCCCCGCGGCGGCGGCGGCGGAGGCCGCGGAUGUGUCGGAGCCCCCGCUGCAGCCCCAGUUCAGACUGGGACCAGCGCCGGUGGCUGACGAUAGUGACGACAUGUCCAGCACUGAAGAUUAUCAUAAGCCGAGGAUAGUGGAGGGCCAGUCGUCAAGUUCUGUUGAAAGAUCGCCGGAGGAAAGACACCAAAGGACCAAGUACAGAAGAAGAUUACCAGGUGAUGGCAAGUCGGGGCGGCGUCAGGUUACAGAAGCGGAAGCGUUACGAGCGAUGCAGAGGCUGUGCUCCCGCAUAGCGUCACAGAAGAUGCUGGUCAUCUCCUCACUGGAGAAUGACUGCUCCAAGGAGGAGCUCAACCGACAGAUUGCGGUGCUGCAAGAUCUGCAAAAGAAGUACGUCCGUCUGGAGAUGGCGCUGCAGUACUCGUUCUUCGACAACCAGGGCGGGCGGCGCAGCAUGAUGGUGACGCCCAUACAGGAGACGCCCUCGCUCACGCUCUCAGAGAGCGACAUGCACGUCGCCACCGACCACGCCAACCACGGCGGCCACGCUCCCCACAACGGACACGUCGUCGAUCCGCUGCUGCACAGGUUAAAAGAGCAAGAGAUGGAAGGGUCAGACAACGUGUCCACGUCCAACGACGAGCUUCACACCGACCACUCGGAGGUGUGGGACGACCCGCUGCGGAGGCCCGUCCUCGAACAAGAACACGACCACGACCACGACCACGAGCAGGCGAUCAUGGAACGAUCUAUACCGGAUCCAACAGUUUCUAUUGGCCUCAUGCAUCCAAUAGAUUUCAGCAGCGUGGUGAGCGUGGCGGGGUGGGUGACGCGGGGCGCGGGCGCGCGCACGCACCACGAGUACGAGGUGCGCGUGGCGGUGGGCGCCAGUCGCUGGCAGCUGCUGCGCCGCUACCGCCGCUUCAGAGACCUCUACCUCACCAUGCGCCGCACCUACGGGCCCAAGGUGGGCGCGAUCCCGUUCCCCGGGCGGCGGCUGUGGUCGUCGGAGGAGGUGGCGCGGUCCCGCCGCGCGGCGCUGGAGGCGUUCCUGCGGCGGCUGCUGGCCGUGUGCAGCGCCGACCGCCGCUGCGUGCUGCACGCCGCGCCGCUCACCAGGGACACGCUCGUCGCCUUCUCGCCCUUCUUCCGCAAGGGCGUGUUCGAGAGCGGCAAGUGCGGCACGGGAUGA